AUGUCUAACGGUCUUUUUCUCGACCGCCCCAUCUCGCUGCCGGGGUCUCUGGGAGACGACGUGAUCGGCAUUCUCGUGGACCAGGAGACGAGUUUCACGACGGGCGUCACCAACCAGGCAUUUAACGACUCCAUCGAGAGCGGCGUCAACGGCAUGGAAGGGACGUCGAGUGACAGCGGUAGCGACAGCACCACAAAACAAACCUACAGCAUCAACGGCGAAAACGAGCACAGCUCCGACUCCGGCGUCGUCCAGUUUCGAGAAAAACCCGGGCGACGGACUGGACGAGAGAGUAUAGCUAGCAUCGACAGCCUUGGCGACAAACGAGCUCCAUGGCGCACGUGGGAUGUGUUCAGAAUUCAAACAAAAUCGAAAACGUUCUCCCUAGACGACGCUACCAUCAGCAUAUUCCGAAAAAUCGUCAAAAUCUGUGUUGGGAUCUUGCUCGCCAUGGUUGUCUUGGUAACCACGGUGGUCAGUAAAAGCACUCUAUUACUCAUUACGUCCAACGUGUACCCGAACGUCACCCUUUACUGUGAAGAGGUGCCUGGUCGACACUUCACUUCCUGUUCCAGAAUCCCCCCAGACCGGACGUCCGGUCGGGUCUAUCGCUUGUCUCAGAAUGUUGAAAUUCGAUGGGUGUGGGCUCUAUUCUUCGUGGUGAUCACGCCGUACAUGUUUAACUUGUGUAAGUGUUUGUGGAGAUCAUGCUUCAAACGGACGAGAACACCCACGUGGGAUGUUGUCAUCAUUGCUGCUAUACCGGAAACACUACACAGUGUAGGACUUAGUAUUUUUGCAUUUUUGGUGCUGCCCUCUAUCGACUCGGUGCGCGGCCUAGUUCUGAUGUUAGGAGCUGCUUUCAUACCAUCUGUGAUGAAACUUUUCGAUACUGGCUCGGAAAAGAGGAGAAAACUACACAUACUAGUACUGGAUAUUCUAGCAAUGGUCGGCCAAUCAUCGGCUUUGUUUGCUUGGACUCUAGUAAACACACGCCAGGGCAGAUAUUACGGCGAGGCGUGGUCAAUACCAGUUUCUUUGUUCCUGAUUUCAUUUUCGUGGUGGGAAAAUUUCGUUAACAAAUUUGGCGUCCUGGGACCAGUGAACCGGAAGCUGAACGAACUAAAACGAAGAAUACGACGCAUGCGCACAAAAACCUACAUAAUAUUAAGCUGCUGGAAGGUGAUCAUCACACUAAGCCUGAUGACUCUGAUUAUAAGUAGUGGACAUAUGGACUGCGUCAAAGUCUUGUAUUUCCAUGGCAAUGACGCAGUCAAAAACUGUCCUCAGCUGGUGUACCCUUACGGAAUAACGAACGUGGAGUCGACGGACUACUUCCAAGACCCUUUCUGGGUGAUGCUCAUUCAGAUCACCUGCUGCGUGUUGUGUUACACGUUCGCUAAAACCGCCUGCAAGAUCCUCCUGCAGAUCGGCGGGUUCGCCCUGCCCCUGGUGCUCGUCAUGCCCGUCAUGCUCGGGGCGGUGAUCAGCGACUGCGAGGCGUGGAAGGCCAACUCCACCCAGUUCUGGCUACCGGCUUUGCCCGCCUAUAUGUUCUGGACAUGCGACCUGCACGGGCUGUCCUUCAACUAUCUCAGCUCUCUGGUAAUGGAGUACUAUUUACCACUGGCCGUCAUCUGGUGGCUGUCAUUUUUGUGGGUGUCGUUUCACAUUUGGUUUCCCAGGGUGGAGCGACUCGUGCAGACGGAGAGGUUGUUUGUGCAGCCGCUGUACUGUGGGAUACUUCUGGAACAAUCUCUCAUUUUAAACCGUCGACGCGACGACAGAGAUAACUCGCGCUCUGUCGAGAAGGAGAAAGAGAUGUUGGGAUUUUUUAAAAACAACGAAGAAAAGAACCCGCCUAACCCGUUGAAACCACGUGGUUCUCUGCGAACUGACGUCACGCCCAUGAUAUACGUGUGCGCUACUAUGUGGCACGAGACGGAGAAAGAGAUGCUUCAAAUGCUGACGUCAGUGCUUAGACUUGACCUAGACCAAUGUACCAGGAAACACGCCUACUUGUUUUUUGACGUCGUUGAUCCGGAUUAUUACGAAUUAGAAGUUAACGUAUUCUUUGAUGACGCAUUUGAGCUCCACGAAGAUGACGAUUUUGAAUACAGGGUCAAUAUGUUUGUGAAGACGUUUGUGGGCGUCAUAAACAAGGCUGCAAGCACUGUCCAUAAGUCGGAAGUGAAAAUGGAACCACCCACCAAGUACCCAACACCCUACGGCGGACGGCUGGAAUGGACUCUUCCUGGUCAGAAUCGACUUAUAGUGCACAUGAAAGAUAAGAUGAAAAUUCGCCACAAGAAGCGAUGGAGUCAGGUGAUGUACAUGUAUUACUUGCUUGGACACCGCCUCGUGGCCCAGCCUCUGCCCGAUGCCAGACGGAAACAGAUAAUCGCGGACCACACGUACAUACUGACGCUGGACGGAGACGUGGACUUCCAGCCGUCUGCUGUACAGCUGCUCGUCGACCGGAUGAAGAAAAAUGAGAAGGUCGCCGCCGCGUGUGGAAGAAUACAUCCAAUCGGGUCAGGUCCAAUGGUAUGGUAUCAAAAAUUUGAAUACGCCAUCAGUCAUUGGUUACAGAAAGCAACCGAGCACAUGAUUGGCUGUGUUCUGUGCAGUCCCGGAUGUUUCAGUCUGUUCAGAGCGUCUGCGCUAAUGGAUGAUAACGUGAUGAGAAAAUAUGCCAUGGUCUCGGACAAAGCAAUGCAUUUCGUACAGUAUGACCAAGGUGAAGACAGAUGGCUCUGCACACUGCUUCUGCAACAAGGCUACCGAGUGGAGUACUGCGCGGCCGCAGAUGCGUUGACCUAUGCCCCGGAAGGCUUUAGGGAGUUCUACAACCAGCGACGUCGUUGGUCUCCUUCCACCAUGGCCAACAUCAUGGACCUCCUGCAGGACUGGCGCCAUGUCAUCAAGGUGAACGAGAACAUCUCUGGGCUGUACAUGACCUACCAGCUGCUGCUGUUCGUGUCCUCCGUGCUGACCCCCGGGACGAUCUUCCUGCUGAUCGUGGGCGCCGUCAACACCGCCUUCUCCAGCAUCGACCUGCUGGCAGCCCUCCUCGUCAACCUCGUGCCCAUCGUGCUCUUCCUCGUCGUCUGCUACACAGCACGCACGGACAUACAGUUAACUCUGGCUGGCGUUCUGUCUGGUAUCUAUGCGCUGGGGAUGAUGCUGGUAGUUGUCGGCUUGGCUCUACAGAUGAAGGAUGAUGGGAUCUGUUCUCCUUCCACCAUCUUCAUGAUCUUCAUCAUCGUCGUGUUUAUCAUCUCGGCCGUGAUGCACCCCCUCGAAUCCUCUUGUCUGCUGCACGGCGUCCUCUACUUCCUGUCGGUCCCCAGCAUGAGCAUGCUCCUCAUGCUCUACUCCGUCUGCAACAUCCACGUCGUGUCCUGGGGCACUCGAGAAAUCAUCACUCAGGCGACAACGACUGCAAAGACAAAAGUGAAAAGUGGAAAGUUUAAGUCCCUGGUCAACUUGUUCAGCAGUAGUGAAAAGAUUAACAGUGACUAUGGAUUCUCGUUUGGCAAUCUCUUCAAGUGUCUGUGCUGUCCCAAGCCUGUUGGAGAUCAAACUGCAGACAAGUUUGUGGCUGUUCUGGAAAAGUUGGAGCAACUGGAAAACUCGCUGGUUGAGAUGAAGAAGGGUCCUUCUUGUCAUCCACCAUCGCCAACUAUUAAGUAUAGCGAUGAAACAGGGUUUCUUAAAGAAGCCAUAAACGUCGCUAAUAAUGGGCAGCCACUAGAAACCGUUGAUGAGGAACCUUCAACCACAGAACCUGAUAUUGUUAUUAAAACGAACCCUCUGUACACAGACAAACCCUUCAUUGACGAGGAAUGCUCUCCCUUCUGGAUUCAUGAUCAGGACAUAGGUCGAGGAAGAACACGAUAUCUUGGUACCGAGGAAAUCCGCUUCUGGAAAGAUUUGAUAGAGAAAUAUCUGAAACCCUUGCAGGUGGACGACAUCAAGAAGAAGAAGAUGCAGAAGGAUCUCAUUAUCUUAAGGAACAAAAUGAGUUUGAUGUUCUUCAUGGCCAAUGCUCUGUUUAUUGUGGUCAUCUUCACCUUGCAGUACACCAAUGCAACCAGGAACGGUGAAGGUAUAGCGAUUCACUUACCAUGUCAGGGUGGGAGGAAGGGAGUCAGUCCAGUCCUAGAGCCCAUCUCCCUCGUAUUUAUGGGCAUUUUUGGGAUUGCUCUGCUUAUACAGUUCCUUGCUAUGUUCUUCCACCGAAUGGGGACCUUCCUUCACAUUGUGUCUUCCACUGAAGUGAACUGUAUGAAGAUGAACUCCAAGGAGCUGGCUGAUAUGAACAUGUCCGACAAGCUGGAGCUGGUGCGCGAGAUGCAGAGGUAUGACGAGGAUGACGACACGCGGUCGGUGUCGUCUAUGAGUUCCAUCGACAGCCUGGAUGACAACAGCAGCUUGACGACCGACGACUCGCCGAAACCUAGACGACGUCGCGCUGUCAUGAGGAUAUCCAGGAAGAGGAGGAGGAAUCCGGAACACACGGGCAAUCUGGCUCACAAGUUCAUGGGACGCUACCUGAAGCUGGCGAGGGACCUGCAGAAUGAGAGGAUUGGCAGCGAAAGCAGCGAGUCGGGCGGCGUCGAGGGUCUGAUGAAGAGAAAGAAAUCUACGAGAAAGACUAGACGUGCGCUGGAGAAUAUUGGUCAGCACAAGAGCAGCAUCCUACAGAAGGCAGAAAAGUUUGAAAAAUUCACUGGUCUGGCUCGAGGAUCUGGACUGUCAAGCAUCAGUGGAGACAUUUCCAAGGACGAGCCCCUCCUUGCCAUGGUGCGUGGAUUCCUGGCGCAUCCUUCAUCAUCAACAAACUUAAGUAAGGUUAAUGAAGUAAACAGGAGUUCGCCUAGUGGCCUCACUGAAAGACUCAGACGCUCAAAUUCGGGUGGUGCUCCCGGCAGUAGAUGGGAAGGACGAAGAGGCAAUCCUCUACGUAGCACGUACGCAGGACCCGGAAAUCUGAAGUCAGUAGCUGAGUUACCAGCUCACCCUUACAAAAGCGUUGUGAUCAGCGACCCUGAAAAGGUCACCACGGUGCAAAUAUCGGUUCAGGAUAAGGCUACGCGAGAUUCGUCUACCCCAAGUGGAUCGUCGUUCAACACUGAGCUGGAAAACUUCAAGGAGGCUUUGCUGUUAGAUGACAUCACAGAUGACUCGUCGUCCAUUGCUAAUUCUGAGAAGAGCGAGACAUCUCAAACAUGUAUAUCUAGCCUGAGAGGUGAUUCUAAGGAUGUUAAAAGCGGUAGUGAUGGGCCCCACAGUUCUGAGUGUGUUGUGAGAGAAGCAGAAAACGCAGCUGGUGACUUAAAUGAACGAGAAGAAACAACACGAAUAUGA